GCCGGACUCGUCGAUUUCGACACCAGGAAUUUCCUCGGUAGUGAUUUCCCGCGUAUCUGGGUGUGACCUCACCGGACCGGAGAACAGUGGCCUGUAUAAUCGGACCUCGUAGUGAUAAACACCGUUCGACUGAGGUCGUAAGUUCGGCCGAGGAUCGGUUUCGAGGGAAAAUCGCGGUCGGAGGGAGCGCUCGGGAGGGACUCUUCGCUGGAUGAGGAUGACCGAUCCCGAUGAUGCUUAGGCAACAUCGUUCCCGGUUCAAAGUGACUCUUCGGGAUCGGGUCUUCGGGUUGUAACUGAUCUCGUGAGAGAGGAAUCGGCAUCGACGGUUGUCGGCGAUGAGGCAGACGGACCUUUCAAUGUUAGUGCGAGCCGUUGGUGGUCUAUGAACGUGUGGACACGGAACGUGAAUCGAUUGGAGCGCGGAAACUGGAGAUGUGCCGAUAAUGCCGAUCGGGAUGGUGUGAAGUUCAACAGCGGACUCGCCGCCGAUGCUGUCUCGGAUGCUCCGUUCUCGCGAUGAGGAGCAAGGACUCUUGAAUUCGGUGACGUCGCUCUGUGCUCGCGAUGUGCGCGAUCUGAAAGCAGCCGCGGCGAAAUUGCCCACUUAUCGAGGACAAUAUGAAGAACGCGUAACUGAUGGGAAGAGGCUUGACGCGAAGCUCGAACUAUAAUCGAUGUUGCACGUUUGACAGCUAAUCGGAAAUCGAUGAGAGUGCCCGGGCCGGUAGGAAGGGAGUCGUGUUGUGAGCCGUGUUGCCGGGAACGAGAUUAGACGGUGGCGAAAAUUCACCGCUAUUUCUGCCUACCAUGCAACCAUUCGCGACGGGCAGCACAAUGGCGACCGAGACACCGACCAGCCUGCCGCCCGAGAGGGUGACCACCCCGACGCCCUGCCGCAAUCUGACCUUCUCCAUCGCGAAGAUCAUGGAGCCGGACAAGCGACUGACCGAGCAGAGUAAUCCGGCGCCGCCGCCUCCGCCGGCGACGACGACGGCGACGAUCCUGCAGCAGCCGCCGAACAUCUCCUCGCCGUCGUACUCGGCGCACCUAAAGUCGGCAUUCGAGAAGUACGUGCCGACCUUGAGGCAUCAGGAUCUGCUCCAACAUUACCCCGUACUGUCCAAGUAUUACCCGCUGUACUACCCGAGUCCGUUGCUGAGGGCUUUCCCGGGGCCCCCGGCCUCGACGCCGUCGGUCACGCAGAGCUCGCCACCGCCUACGACGAUCCAAGAGGCCUCCUCGCGGCUGAGCUUGACGAGCAUGUCGCCGGAGAACCCGCGCGGCAAGAAGAGCCCGGCGCCGCGCGGCGACCUCGCCGCCGCGAACAAGCAGAAGACCUUCACCUGCCCGGAAUGCGGGAAGGUGUUCAACGCGCACUACAACCUCACGAGACACAUGCCGGUGCACACGGGCGCCCGGCCGUUCGUCUGCAAGAUCUGCGGCAAGGGCUUCCGGCAGGCGAGCACCCUCUGUAGACACAAGAUCAUCCACACGGCCGAGAAGCCGCACAAGUGCGUCACCUGCGGCAAGGCCUUCAACCGCAGCUCCACCUUGAACACCCACACGCGCAUCCACGCCAACUUCAAGCCGUUCGUCUGCGAGUUCUGCGGCAAGGGCUUUCACCAGAAGGGCAACUACAAGAAUCACAAGCUGACGCACAGCGGCGAGAAGGCGUACAAGUGCAACAUCUGCAACAAGGCCUUCCACCAGAUCUACAAUCUGACCUUCCACAUGCACACGCACAACGACAAGAAGCCGUUCUCCUGCAAGAUCUGCGGCAAGGGCUUCUGCAGGAACUUCGACCUCAAGAAGCACAUGAGGAAGCUGCACGACGCGGGCUCGCCGGUGCUCAACGGGCUGGACGCCUCGGGCCAGAGUCACAACCAGCAGUCGGGCUACUCGUCGGUCUACCACGGCCCCGAGCACUCCAUCGUCAGUCCGUUCAUACUCCCCCCGCCCGGAUCCACCAGUUACCACUCCCUCAGCAAGAUGUUGUGACAGAGCGAGAACAUGCACUAUCCCAGGAAGACUCAGUACCCGCUCAUUCUCGGUU